UAAACAAAUUUUACUUUUUUUUCAUUUCCAGUUAUCCAACGAAAUGUGGUAAUGGCUAACAAGAACACAGAGUAUGAAUAAUAUUUUUGGAUUUAAAUCUCCUCGCAAACCUUCUUCAUUUGAUGACGGAAUAGACACGUUAAGGGCAAAUACAGGAAGGACCAGCUACGACGCUGCGGUCGAUCGGACGAGACUUAACGAGAUCAACAAUGACCUUUUUGCGUCAAGAACAGAAAUGAAUAACCCUUUUGGAUUUAGAUCUCCUCGCAAAUCUACAUUUGAUUCCAGCAUAGACUCGUUAAGGGCAAAUGCUGGAAGGACAAGUUACGAUGCUACAGCUACAAGGUUAAAGGAUGAUGAGGAUUAUUAUACAUCCAAAAAGAAAAUAGACGAUGAUAGAGGUUCCUUGAGGACGUUUUAUCCUAUAACAGAGGUGUGGAAAAAUGAAAAAGCCGAGCAAUUCAAAAUUAAAGUUAUUAAGAGCUUUAAGUUUGGACAUAUGAAAAACUUUUACGAUAGAACCGCACCAAAGGAGACCAUUUCAGUUCAAGGGGAUGGCAAUUGCUUUUUCCGUGCCAUAAGCAUGUGUAUAAUUGGAUCAGAGCACGAACAUAUACGCGUUCGAGAACUCAUUACUAAACAUGUUGGAGAAAAUCCGGAAUUAUAUCGAACAUUUUUGCUAAGUCGAGGAGGCAUGAAUCAGUACUUAACAAGUAUGAGAAGACCUCGCGAAUGGGCAACGGAUGUAGAAAUUUUAGCUGCAGCUACUUUAUUAAAGACUGUCAUUGAAGUUUAUUUUCCAUGCCGAAUCAAAGGAAAUGUCGAAUUCAGAUGGCAAACAUUCAAACCUCUGACGCACCAAGAAAUAACUUAUCCAGUAAUUUAUCUGUCGAAUAAAAAUGAUCAUUUCGAUCCAGUUUUAGAUGUUGAAGCAGAAGUUGAGAUAAUAAGUAGAAGGGAUACCCAACAGGAAUCGCCCAGAAGAUCACGUGACAAUUACCAUGAUCCUUCAGUAUAUAGUACUCCGGUGUCGAAAAGCUAUAACCACGAUUCUACUUUUAAUCGAAUACAUGGCAGGCCUGGUUCAAACUAUUCAAACUCAAAUAGUCAUUAUAACCCAAAUCCGUCAAGAACACAUCCAAAUGUUCAAUUCUAGACUGUUUGAAUGAAAUCCAUAUUCUCAAGAGUGACUUCAGUAAUUUAAUAACUUUUUGCUUGGGAUUUUUCGUAAAGUAUUCAUUUGAUUUUGAAAUUAUCCCAUAAGCAUUAAAGGGUUUGAAAUUAUCCCAUAAUCAUUAAAGGGUUGUUUUGGUUAGGGUUCUUUUUCUAAAAGAGUUCCGUAUGCCUCAAUUUGAAUUCAAGCAUAAUUAUUAAUAGAUGAUUAAUUUGGUCAAAGAUUGACAGAUUACACGUGAAAAUAUUAUAACAAACAUUGAAAACAGUAAGGAUAAGGAAAAUUGUAGGUAAAUAAAUAUUUUUGUUCAGAAAGUAAAACAAAAUAAUUAUAAGCAGUGGAAUAAAAAAAAAUCAUUCUCUUUUGUUAGCUGUAGGGAGAUAUGGAGAUUUUGUCACUCUUGAAAAGUCAUAAAAUAUGAAAUUUUCGAGAGAGAAUCAAAUAUUUUCUAAAGAUUUUAAACUGAAAUCGUAGCGUUCAUGUUUAUGUACAGUAGACUUGAGAUCUCAAUAGCCGUAUCAAUCAAUUAAAAAGUAUCCAAGAAAAAAUUGUAAUCAAAAUUUUAAGUUAAAAGUACUGAUAUACUAAACAACACAAUUUUAUGAUGAAAAAUCUAUGCAAUUAAAUAUACUAAUGUAUUCAGGCCUGCUGACAUGCAAGCUUUCAGCUGUCCUUAUAUUAGCAAACCCAUAAAUCGAUAAAGUAUAUUUAUGGGACUAUCAAAGCGAUUGUUAAGUUUUUCAAACCUGGUGAUUUAGUUCUCUUUAAACCGCUGUGCAGUGUAAAUAUGAUAUGCUUAUAUGCCACAAAGAAAUAUAUGUAUCGCCUUGCCUUCAUGAUGCUUUGUCUAUUUGCUUUGGCAAAAUAAUGGUUUUAUUUAAUGUUGUCAUUGUUUAAUUAUUGAUUGCUUGUUAUUGUUGUUAAAAUGUUUGCAGAAUAAAAAGUGAUAAAAAGA